AUGAGUUUGGCUCAUGCCCCUUGGUCCUUCCAGUUCCUUCUCACCCUGAUAUACCUCGAAGUUCCCGUCAACAUCCGAUUCCAACUUCAGGAAACAGUGGGCCCGACAGCUGUUAAAACCCCCAAGCCAACAGAACUAUCCCACGAAGGAGAAGGCUGCUCGAAGAGCGUCUGGACAUGCUCACUUAUGCGGGCCAUUCCCUGGGGCGUGAAGGCUCCUGAAAGCAAUCGUGGAAUCGAUCCCGGUGCCGGCUCCAACAGCCAGGAUAUGACAAGAGAUGGUAUGGUGGAGUUGGAGAGUUGGUGGGGUGAACAGCAUCAACAGCGGGAAGGACUCUUUGGGAUAUCAAAUAUGAAAGCGUAUCAAUUUCAGGAUCAACAGGGGGCCUUCACAAAGUGCUAG